GGUUUACUGCAAGCGACAAAUUAAAAAGCUAGUGAUAAAUAAUUAUUGUGUUUUUCCAUUAUUUUUAAUUAAUAUGGGGACAGAAGUAGCUAUAUCGUUUAGUACUUUACGUGCUCAACUAGAAAAUGAAAAGAGUAGUUUGUUUAAAAUAGAUGAAAAUAUAAAAAAAAUAGUGCAAACUACCGUAAGAUUCAAUGAUAGAUUUAACUCCGCUGGAGACUAUACCAGAGGUAACAAUCGCACAGGAGGAAGAAAUGCUUUUCAAGACGGGGGAAGUAAUUCAAAAAACGAUGAACAAUAUAAUAAGCGUAAACAUGAGACCAAAACAGUGUUUAGCAGGUUAUCAGCACGAGUCCAUGAUAGUGAUGGUGAGGAUGAAGGACCUGGCACUAAGAAAGCUCGGGUACCUUCAGCAGUGUGUCGAGAGCUGCCCACUAGAGCCGAUGUACUGCGGGCACAGGGUGAUGAUGAGCAGGCAAGGACUCGCAACAGACGCAUUUUUGGAUCACUUCUGGGCACACUACAGAAAUUCAAGCAGGAAGAAAUAGUGCUGCAGACUAAGGAAGAAAAAAAAGCGCAAGUAGAACGUAAAAUAGAAGAACAAGCUCGUCUAGAGAAGGAAAGGGAACAGAAGGAAAGGAAGACAUUAUUUGCUGAACGGGAACACAAGAAAGCCACUAUCAAAGCUUUAGAAGCUAAAAUGGCGCGAGUCCAGGAGUUUGAGAAGUGGGAGACUUCACAGAAGAGCCUAGCCAACUUUAUACUGACCAAGACCAAACCACAUGUUUAUUGGCUGCCCAAGAAAAUGUCAGAAAAAGCCACUGAGAAAUUGGAAUCCAGUAGGAAGUAUCAUGAAACUAAAUAUGGUCCAAUAUAUCGCAAAUGUAUGGUGAAGAAACGUCAGGAGCUACAAGAAGAACUUCAACGAAUAGAACAUCGCUGUCUCCGAGUACGAGGACCUGGCACCAAGGAGAAUGACCCUGACCACCAUGACGGAGAGGAGCAGAAAGACGUAGAUAUGGUAAAUAAGGAUGAGAAGAAGAAACGAGAUAAAUUUGCAGCAGAUGCUGAUGAGAAAGAAGACAGUGAUGGAGAUGACAGACAUGAAGAGGACUCAAAAGUAGAACAGCCAGCAGCUCAGGAACCUAUGGUUACAGAAAUAGAAAAUGUAAAAGAAGAACCAACUAAAGCAGAAACAUCAAUAGAGCAGAACACUAGUAUGGAUGCUGAGCCAGCCAAUGAAGCUAGCCAGAUAUCUCUGGAGACUACACUCAACGACACACAAGCCUCAGUUGACACUGAGAACCAUUCCUAACGGGGCUGGUUAUCCAACUCCUCUACACCGAGUUAUAUUACGGUGUCACCAAGUUUGAGAACAGUUGUGCUUACCCUGUAUUGCUGUGUGAUGUAUCAUAAGU